UAAAGCUGCAAAUACCACUUAAGCCACUCGUCCAGAAUAGAAAAGAUACCGAAAUCAUUAGAACUAAGUUUUGGUCUGUUGGUUUAAGACUCAAGAAGCAAGAAAAGCUUCGCCUGCAGCCUCUUCCGUUAAGUACUCCAAGAUUUGAAUACGAAAUCUAAUUUAAAUGAAGAACUAAAAGCGAGCUGCAAGAACAACCAUCUUAUCUUCUACCAAGCACUGAUUGGACAAGAGCUGUGUGUCGUUUUCAUGCUCCUCAAAUUUUCUCGCUCUUGAAGCUGAAGAGCUCCAUUUGUGGAAAAAAACAUCAUUUUAAUGGAAAAAACAGAAGACAACUUCAAUAGCAGCUCGUGCGUGAAUUUUUCUGUUAUGCAUCCUGAAAUGUCGAAGCGAGAACUUUGUGCAGUUACUGCAUUUUACGUUGUAUUGAUGAUUGGAAUUGUCAUUGGAAAUGGGUUGAUUUUUGCAGCAUUCUUUGUCAACCACAAGCUCAGGACCACUACUAAUAAACUGAUUCUGGGGCUGGCCUUAAGUGAUAUUCUCGUAGGAAUCAUAUCAGUUCCUCUUUGGAUAUUUAUUUCAGUCAAAUCAGCUCAAGGCGAGUACUACAGCGAUGGAUUGUACCAGUUCUACAUCACAUUCGAUAUCUUCGUUGGAUCUGCAUCAAUUUUACAGCUAACUUCCAUAAGUAUCGAGCGCUGUCAUGCUAUUGUUCGUCCAUUAAGGCAUCGAACGCUUCCUAAAAAGACAUUUCGAACCCUUCUGUUAACACCUUGGGUAAUUUCUUCGCUCGUGGCGUCGCUCCAACCGCUACAGUAUCGCCGGUGGCAAGAGGUUUACACCCUUUUGAUGGUAACAACGUGUUUUCUCGUCCCUUUUUCUGUCAUUAUGUUAGCUUAUAUUUUCAUUUUUAUGUUUGCAAGAGUUAAAAGACCAAGUCAGAGACUACUCCGGAAUACUACACGAAGCAGGGCGUAUCGAAAAGAAAUACGUCUCUCUGUAACAAUAGCUUUUAUAACUUUACUUUUCGUCAUUGCAUGGCUUCCCUUGUUUGUUUUGACCAUCGUUGCUACUUAUUAUCCAUCAUCUUUGCCUUCGAUGAUAACGACAGACAGACUACUAAAGUUUGCUAAGUGGAUGCAUUAUAGCAACAGCUCAAUCAACCCCUUUUUAUACGCAUUUCGAAAUAACGCUAUUCGAAGAACAUUCCAGUAUCUCAUUUCAAAACUGCUUUGCGGACGCUUUUCGCCAAGAAUUGGGCAACGAAGAAUUAAACUACAAUCUAUGCCUUUUCGAUCUUCUGCGAAUAGAUCAGACUUUUCGCACAGAUGACGAACUACCAAGAAAUAA